AUGGCUACCAUCUCCCCUCGUCAGCUCUUCUACGACGGAAAGGCGCAACCCGCCUCCUCCGGCAAGACCUUUCCCACCUUCAAUCCUUCCAACGCCACCGCACUGGCCGAAAUCCCCGUCGCCUCGCACUCCGACAUAGAUGCCGCCAUCGCCGCCGCCGACCGCGCGUUCCCCUCCUGGUCGCAAACCCCUCCCAUUGCGCGCGCCCGCAUCCUCCACAAAGCGGCCGCCAUCCUGCGCGAACGCAACGACGAGAUCGCGAAGGUUGAAUCUCUCGACUCCGGCAAAGCGUACACCGAAACGAGUACCGUCGACGUCGUGACCGGCGCCGAUGUUCUGGAAUACUACGCCAAUCUGGUCGGUGGCGGUGGGUUAAACGGUGAAACAACACAACUGCGCGAGGACGCGUGGGUGUACACCAAAAAGGCCCCGUUGGGUGUCUGUGCGGGCAUCGGCGCCUGGAACUAUCCCAUCCAGAUUGCGCUCUGGAAGUCGGCCCCCUGCCUCGCGGCGGGUAACACUAUGGUCUACAAGCCCAGCGAGUUCACCCCACUGCACGCCCAGACGCUGGCCGAGGUCUACCGGGAAGCUGGUCUUCCCGCGGGCGUCUUCAACGUCGUCUACGGCGCCGGCGACGUCGGCUCCUACCUGACAGCGCACCCGACCAUCGCCAAAGUGUCCUUCACGGGCCAGGUGUCGACCGGCAUGAAGGUGGCCGGGUCGGCAGCCGGCAACAUGAAGUACGUGACGAUGGAGCUGGGCGGCAAGAGCCCGCUCCUCAUUCUCCCCGACGCGGAUCUCGAGAACGCCGUCAACGGCGCCAUGAUGGCCAACUUCUACAGCACGGGCCAGGUGUGCACGAACGGGACCCGCGUCUUCGUGCCGGCCAGCAUGAAGGCCGCCUUCGAGCAGCGCCUGCUCGAGAAGAUGCCGCACGUGCGCGCCGGCCCGCUCUUCGACGAGGCUACCAACUUCGGCCCGCUGAGCUCCGCCGCCCACCUCGACAAGGUGACCGCGUACAUUCGCCACGGCAUCGAGGUCGACAAAGCGACCCUGCUCACCGGCGGCCUCGGCAAGCCGGCCGUGCCCAAGGAGCUCGAGAACGGGUACUGGGUGCGUCCGACCGUCUUCACCGACUGCACGGACGACAUGCGCAUCGUCAAGGAAGAGAUCUUCGGGCCCGUCAUGUCCAUCCUGUACUACCAGACCGUCGAGGAGGCCGUCCAGCGCGCGAACACCACUGAGCUGGGGCUGGCCGCCGGCGUCUUCACCAAGGACCUGAACUUGGCCCAUCGCAUUAUUGACCAGCUGCAGGCUGGUAUCACCUGGGUCAACACCUGGGGUGAGAGUCCCGCCGAGAUGGCGGUCGGCGGCUGGAAGAAGAGCGGGGUCGGUGUUGAGAAUGGUCGGCGCGGUAUUGAAGCGUGGGUGAAGAACAAGAGCACGCUGGUGGAUAUGUGUGGUGAGGUUCCCACCGUGUUUGCCAAGCUCUAG